CCAAUAAUAGAUGGGGAUAUAUCUGUGCAAGCAGUAGUGAAAGUCAAAGGAAAAGAAUAGCUAAUGUAAUCUGUCAACAGAUGGGAUAUUCUAGACACUUAGAUACUGGGAUCAAUCAGAUAAAAAUAGAACCUGCUCCUAAACCUGGUUUUAUAGGAUGGCUUUAUUGCUCAGAUAAACCAAUUUCACAGCAGAGCAUUUUAGAUUGUUCAUAUCUAGUUUAUGAGCCAGCUUAUUCCGAUUCAAUUUGUUCUGAUAACUACAACCACUAUAUUGCUGCUAGUAAUUGUACCAAUACCUCAGUCUGUCAAAAUGGACAGAUACAAUUACUUGAUACUAAUGCUAUAUUUCUGUGUGUAAAUGGAGAGUGGCAUGCAUUAUGUGGUACAUCAUGGUCCUAUACUCAAGCACAAGUUGUAUGUAGACAAUUAGGAAAGAAUGCACAAGGAGCUAUGCCAGUUAAUGUUUCAGUACCUGCCAAUAUUUCAGUUUUACAAGCUAAGUUUGAAUGUUAUGGAUAUGAAAAGUUUCUUUACAACUGUUCAGAUCAUCGCUCAUUCUCCUGUGAUAAUCUAAUAUCUCAAACUGAAAUCACUGUUGCUGGUGUUACAUGUCAAAGCUUGCCUGGCCAUCCUUCAAGUCUUACUGUCAAUACCCAACAGUCAGAUAUUAUAUUACAUUGGGAAUAUGAUGAUGCUAAUAAUGUGUCUAAUUUCAGUGUUUACUGUAAGCAUAAUAGGACUAUUGAUCCUCAACUGCACUUAAAUUUCAAAACUGAGCUAAGCUUGCUGACAAAGAACAACAAUGCAACACUGAUUGGUUUAUUAGCCAAUACUGUGUACACAUGCUGUGUGUCUGCUGUAUUCCCUUAUAUGGAAACUGAAUCAACAUGCAUUAAUGUAACAAAAGCUAGUGCCACACCAUCAUCAUCAAAUCGAACUAUCCCAUGGAUUGGGGGAAUAUUUAUUGGUAUCAUUAUCAGUGCAGUGUUUGUUAUUAUCUUAUUAUUGAUUAUCAAAAUUGUCAUUACAAGAAGAAGUAAAGACAAACAAUUUAAACCCAACAAUAGGUCAUCAAUACAAAAUGAUAAUGGUCAAAAUAUUGGAGUUUAUUCUGAACUGUCGCAAAAUUAUUUCGAGCCUUUUUCUAAUAGGAGGGAUCCUGCAAUUUCUUGUACUAAUGAUUAUGAGAGUCCUGUUGAUGUGAAUAGAAUGACUGUUAAUGAUGAUCCAGUUUAUUCACUGGCUGAAACUGAGGAAGAAACUGGUAACUAUGACAAGUUACAAAGGAAUUAACUGGGGCAUUAAUUUUUAAUGUUAAAGUGUA